AAAGCUGAAGUUUUGACAUUUGUAAAUCAUUUUUAUAUAACAAUAAGUUUGCACCUCUUUAAUAUCUCUAAAAAUAAAGUGUUUUUGCGAAAAUCUAGCAAUGGAUUUAAUAGAAACGAUUAAGAAAGACAAAGCCUAUCUAAAGAGUAAAUCAAUUGUAAAAAGUUGGGAAAAAGAUUUUAAACUGAAACACUCACGUACACCUUCGAAGUUCGAUAUCAAAGAAGCUCCAGCAAAUAUAAAAUACGCUUACAAGAAAUAUUUUCUGUUAAAAAGUAGUGCUCUUGAAAGCUCGUUGUCUAUAUGUGAUUACGAAGAACCUAAUUUAUCUCCAGAAAUAUUGCUACCCAUAGAAAGUGCCCCUGAUUUUGAAAAUACACCAGAAUCAUUAAUGCCUGCGCUACCCAGUGGUCAAGAGCUUGACAGGUUGUUAUCGAGUCCCAAAAUUAAUACUCGCAAGAGCCCUAUCGCAGAUAAUUUGUCGAAAAAGUUGUUUCACAAUAGUAAAUUUUCUAUUAGGAAUCCAAGAAAAACAUCCAUCUAUAAAUCACAAGAAAACGAAUCACAAGAUGAGCGUAGUCAAACUGAUAAAAAGCAAAAAAAAUAUCCUGAGUUCAAAGAAGCUGAAAAGCCUUAUAGUAAAAUCUCUGAGAAUAUUGAUUCUAUGAUAAAUCAUGACAUUGCUUUUCAGAAGGUAGAUAGUGAUAUGCUGAAAGAGCAUGUAACUUUACCCGAAAGCCUUUUAGCUACCACAUCUUCGAAUAUGACUGACAGUUUAGCAAAAAAUUCUAUUAGACAGAUAAAUAUAGGAUGGUUAGAAAGAGCUACAGGCUUUACAAAUGAAAGUACAAGUCAAAAUUGUUCAACAGACCAUGUGUUGAAAUUUGGAUUAGGCAAUAUAACAAUUCCUAACUACUCAGACAAACCAAAUGAUAUUGUUGAAAAUAGUGAGUCUGAGGAUGAUAUUGCCAUCAGUAAAUUAAAACCAGCUCUCAAGAAGCAGAAGCUGAACUCUCCUCAAAGAGUUUCUGAAGUUGAAAAGAGACAUAAAGAUCAUGUUAACGGUGAAAGUGAUGUAGAUGUUAAAGCCGAAGUUAAAACAAAGAGAAAAAAUAAAAUCCCUGUUAAAUUAACUUCAAAAGGUGUGAAGAUAUCUGCAAAUAAGAAAAAUGAUGAUCAUAAUGAGCAACCACCGGAUUUAACUGAGUAUUUACCUUUUGGUCUAAACGAGAAAAUAAAUCCACGACAUGCCAAUGUAUCUGACAUUCUUAAAACUGUAGGGUCAUCAAUAAAAAAUGGUAACUCUAAACAGUCAAAUAGUACAGGGGGAAUUGAUAAAAUGGAAAAGAAAAUUCAAAAUGGAACAUUGAAUGAGAACUUUGUAAGGAUCAAUAUAGAAAAAAAAGUCUUUGUACGAGGUAGAAAAGGCAUUAACUAUUCCAAAUACAAAAAGCAAUUGUGGAGAGAUAAGAAAGCACUUCAUGGUGGAAUGGAAUUCCCUGAAGGAGGGAAAAUGACGUGUUUCAAAUGUGGAUCAGGUGGUCAUAUGGCUCGUUAUUGUACUGCACAUAGAGAAAAUACUCUUAUACCAUUAGAGCAAUGUGACAAUACUGAUAUGCCAACAUUAGAAGACAUGCAAAAAAUCAUCAAUGAGAACAAUAAGGAAUCUGAACAGUCAAUCGAAAAACAGUUAAGUUCUUUUGUAUAUGAAGCAAGUAAAGUGCCUAAAGAAUUCAUGCAAUUACUAGCCAGCACACCUGAAAACUCCAGUGAAAUUAAACCAAUAUACAAUACAUUAGAAGACAAUACUACAGAAUUAUACAAUAUUCUGAAGAAAUUUGGCCAUAAUUCAUUUCGCUCUGGCCAAGAACCGGCUAUUAAGCGUAUUUUGUCGGGGUUGUCCACAUUACUCAUUCUUUCUACAGGUGGUGGAAAGUCCCUAUGUUAUCAGCUCCCGGCGUACAUCUACAGUCAGCACUACAAAUGUAUAACAUUAGUGAUAUCACCACUGGUUUCAUUGAUGGAAGAUCAAGUGUUGAGUAUGCCUGAAUUUUUGAAAGCGGGAUGCCUGCACACAAAUCAACCACCUACUCAAAGACGAAAAAUAAUGGAAUGCUUAAAAAAUGGUGAAAUCAAUAUUCUGCUUAUAUCUCCUGAAGCUCUUAUUGCUGGUGAUACUUCAAGUGGAUUUGCAGGUUUAUUCAAAUCUUUACCUCCGAUUGCAUUUGCAUGUAUUGAUGAGGCUCACUGUGUCUCUCAAUGGAGUCAUAAUUUCCGUCCCAGCUAUCUAAUGAUUUGUAGAGUUCUAAGAGAAAAGUUAAAUGUGAAAUGCAUUCUUGGUUUAACAGCUACAGCGAGCCAAGCAACAAUCAACAGUGUCAUUGAUCACAUAAAUAUACCAGACGGCCUGAAUGGUGUUGUGACGAAUCCUGCACUACCAAUCAAUCUGUACUUAUCUGUUUCUUUAGAAAACGAUAAAGAUAGGGCACUAGUUUCUUUAUUAGCAUCGGAAAGAAUCAGCUCUUUUGAUUCUAUUAUAGUGUAUUGUAUCAGAAGGAAUGAAUGUGAGAGGGUUGCUGCAAUAAUAAGAUCCUGUCUUUCACAGCCUGGAAAAAUUAAUAUGGAACAACAAAGUAAAAAGCGUAAAAGAAUGUCUUAUAUUGCUGAAGCAUAUCAUGCAGGCAUGUCCGCAGCUCAAAGAAAAAAAAUUCAAAAGCACUUCAUGGAUGGCACAUUAAAAAUAAUUGUUGCAACCGUUGCUUUUGGGAUGGGUAUCAACAAAUCAGAUAUUCGAUGUAUCAUACAUUAUAACAUGCCUCCUAGUUUUGAAUCAUAUGUACAAGAAGUGGGUAGAGCAGGAAGAGAUGGUCAGUCUGCAUUUUGCCAUGUAUUUAUGAACAAUAGUACUUGUGAUAAAGAUGAAUUACUUAAACACAUUUAUGCAAAUUCUAUUGAAAGGCCAGUCAUUAGAAAACUCCUUGAAAAGGUAUUUAUACCUUGCAAGUGCAAAUCAACAGACGGCUCAGUCAAUACAUCAAACAAUCAAGCAAGAUGUGAAGGGCACGAAGUUAGCAUUCCAAUUGAUACUACAGUUGAAGAACUAGAUCUACCUUCCGAAAAUAUAGCAACAUUAUUAUGUUACAUAGAACUACACCACAAACACUAUAUUAAAGUUCUUAACAAUGCUUACACAAUGUGUACAAUUUCGUCAUAUGGAGGCCCUAUCAAAAUAUUAGAAGCUGCUAAAACUUGUCCUCCCCUUGCAAUGGCAUAUUUAUUAGAAGGAAAGAAAAACAAUAAUAUUACUAUGAAUAAUGUUUUGGAAUUCAAUGUCAUAGAAGUAGCAGCAGCAAUCGGUUGGGAAAGCGGAAUGACUAAGUACCAUUUAAAAAAUUUAGAAUGGAUUACUAAAGAUGGCGCAUCCAAAAGGUCUCACUUAAAAGUAGAAUUUCAUACGCUAGGAUUCAAAUUAAAAGCUCCAGGUGAUUUAUCUGCCUCCGAACUAGACAAUGUUUUAGAUGACCUGCAUAAAAUUGUGCUCAAUCAGGAAAAAAAUAUGUUGCAUCAGUUGGAAGAAAUAAAUAAAGCCUUCAAUCAACUUUGUAACUAUUCUUGGGAUAGAAUUACUUUUAAUGAAGAAGGAAUGGAAAAAAAAUCUAAUGAAUUAAAAGCAAUAAUAAAUAAUUAUUUUUCGAGACAAAACAAUUUGCCUGAAAAUGUUCUUUUACAAGAGAGACCAUUGGACAUUGAGCGAGUGACAUCAGAUGUUCGAGCACUGAUAGCUACCUACAAGGAUUGUAAAUUCACUGGUCGGAGUAUUGCGAGGAUAUUUCAAGGAAUACAAUCGCCAAAUUUUCCAGCUAUAGUGUGGGGCAGAUGCAAGUUUUGGAGAUCUCAUCUUCAUGAAGAUUUUUAUGGCAUCGUUAAAAUAGCCACUCAACAAAUAAUCCAAAUGAAAAUUUAGAUUAUUGAGUGCCUGCCUACUUAUAAGAAGCUAUCAAUCAAAUUCCUAGUUUUAAAUCUACAUUGACUUCAUCAUGAAAGGACAUGCAUAAUAUAAAAAUACAAUUUAA